AUGGUCAAGUCGGUUCCAGUUUGGAUUCGGCUGAAUGGCUUGGGUUUGCAAUACUGGGGAAAAAAUAGUCUCAGUGCUAUGGUGAGCACAAUUGGGAGGCCGGUUAUGGUGGAUAAAGUGACGCAAAGUAGAUCGAUGGUGAAAUAUGCGAGGAUAUUGGUGGAUAUGGAGAUUACGGAUCAUCCUCCGAAAUCUAUUUCUUUUAUUAAUGAAAGGGAUCAAAUAACUGAACAAGUGGUGGAGUAUGAAUGGCUUCCCUCUAAGUGUGCUGCCUGCUCGAAUUUAGGUCAUAUUUUGGCAAAUUGUAACAAGAAUACUGGUUUGAGUUGGAGGAAAAAAUCUACUGAUGAGAAAGGUGCUAGUACAGACAAGAUCAUAUCCAAUACAGAGGAGGUUCAACAACACUCUGAGUCUGUUAAUCCUGAUCCCAGAUCUUGCAAUGCUUCUAAUAUUGGAGAGGAAGAGAAGGCUAGUAGCUCUCUAGAGCAAAAUGUUUCCAAGGUUAUUAGUGAUGUUCAGGAUAACUCAGAAGUUACUCAGCAAACUGGGAAAGGGAAUGCUGAGAUUGCAGGAAGCUGGAUUACUCCCAGAAGGAGAGGUGCUAGACAAGGGGUGUAA